AUGGCGACCCAAACGGAGGCGGUGAAGCUUGAGCCUGUCGCGGCAGGCAUCGUCGACUCUCAGAGCACCUCCCGCUUGAGCCACAGUGACAGCGCGGGGAGCCCCGGAGACUACGACAACAGCAACUCGUUGACAGCCUCUCGACUGCGCAAGGUGGCCGUGACGUUCCAGCUGGCCGGGGUCAACUUUGCCUCGAGCGCCACGAACGGACUUGUCGUCGUCGGCCUGCCCCGGAUGACUGCCGACCUCCAUCUGCCCGCGUCGCUCGCGUUCUGGCCAUCGUCUGUUCCCGGACUGGCCACGGCAUCGGCGCUCCUGCUUGCCGGCGCCUUUGCCGACGUUGUCGGCCACAAGUCGAUGGAGCUCAUAGGAUGCGUCGUCAGCGGCGCCAUGAUCAUCGGCUGCGGGUUCACCCGACGCGGCGAGGAGCUGGUCGCGCUGCGGGCACUGCACGGUGUGGCCAUGGCGUUGCAUCUGUCGAGCUCCGUGGGUCUCAUCACCAACAUCAUGCCGCGCGGAAAGGGGCGCAACUUGAGCUUCGCGUGCGUCGGCCUGAGCCAGCCGCUCGGCUUCUCGGUCGGCUUGGUCAUGGGCGGCGUCUUGGUCGACACCAUCGGGUGGCGCGCGGGCUGGUAUCUCUACGGAGGCAUCACCCUGCUGCUGGCCGCCGUUGGCGCCUGGGCGCUGCCUGCGUCAGGACCGGUUGGUACGCUCAAGACUGUGGUGAGGGACAUGAGGACCAAGGUCGACGGGGUUGGGGCACUGCUCGCGUCGGCCUUUAUGACGCUGAUAUCGUACUUUUUGGCGAUCAUCAGCACCGACGUAUACAAGGUCAAGGAGCCUACGAGCAUCGUGCUUCUCUGCCUGGGCGUCGUGGCCCUUCCUCUGUUCAUCGGGUGGAUGCAUCGCCAGCACAGGGCCGGGAAGCCUGCUCUGAUACCCAACUCUUUCUGGAGCAACUCAAGCUUUGCGACCAUCUGCGCGACCAUCGCCCUGUCCUUUGCGGUGCUGAACUCCCUGGAACUCUUUGCGAGUCUUUACUUCCAAGAGAUACAGCACUUCUCCGCUCUACAAGCCGCGCUGCGUAUUGUGCCGAGCGUUAUAGUUGGCGUCGCGCUCAACUUUGCCACCGGCCUCGUCGUGCACAAGAUUCCGGCGGUGUGGCUCAUCGUCAUCACUUCUCUCCUUACGGCCGGUUCUCCGCUCCUGAUGGCCUUGAUCAAGCCUCAGUCAACGUACUGGACCGGCGCCUUCUUUGCGCAGAUUCUCAUGCCAUUCUCCGUGGAUGUGCUGUUCACCGUCGGCCUCAUCAUCGUGACCGACACAUUCCCCGACGACAAACAAGCAAUCGCCGGCGCCGUGUUCAACACUGCAUCGCAGUUUGGGAACUCACUCGGGUUGGCCGUCAUGCAGGUCGUCUCGACGCUCGUGGCCAAGAACAACGCUCGCAUGACGCCGCCUGGCCCUCUUCUGGAAGGGUACAGGGCGGCCUUUUGGACCAUGCUGGCACUCAUGAUUGGGUGCACGGCUAUAGGAGGUAUUGGGCUACGAAAGACUGGGAAGAUUGGCUUGAAGCAGGAGUAA